AUUUAUUUUUAAUAUAAAGAUGCUUAGUAGAACUCGUGUCUCGCGGAGUCGCGUAACUCGUAGCGAGAGAAAGAAAAGAGGGGAAGCAAAUCAUCCGAAAUUUCUUGAGCCCUAGCCCUAAUUUCGACGAUCCUAUGGCGAAUGACAAGCAGAUCGAAUCUCACCGCCGCAAGCACCACCGUUCGUCUUCCUCUUCCGACGAGGCCGAUAAAUCAUCGAAGCGGCACAAGCACCGUCACCACAAGCACCACCACAAGCGCCAUCACCGACAUCACCGUGAUAAGAAGCGCGACGAAGAAAUUCCAUCCGGCGGCGACGAGACAGAGCUGAAGGAUGUUACUCCGAUUGUUGUUAGUAACGGCGGUGAGGAUGACGUCGAGGAGGGAGAGAUUCUAGACGAAGAGGGGGUUGCCAAUGCCAAGACGUUAGAUUCCGACGGCGAGUCUGGCGAAAUCAAAUCCGAUCAACUUCAAUACAAUGAUCUGCCUGUCAAUGGGGUUUCUGGUGCUCGAAAUAUUGGGAAAAAUGCCGAAACUUGUAAUGGUGAUUUAACUCGUGAAUCUAAAAGGGAGGAUAAGAGGUGGCGUAAAGAAUCUGGAGGUCCUUCAGAGGGAGUUGGUAAGAGAAGUCAUGAUAAUGGCAGGAGCUCAUUUUGUUCGGAUAACUCUGAGGAGAAGCAUAAGACUAGUAACCGGUCUCCGUCAAACAGCAGGCAGUCUAACGAAGUCCGUGCUCGGAGUAGAUCUAGGUCACAUGAUCGGGAGAGGGAAAUGUCAAGAUCAAGGAUUGCUGAGGCGGAUGAGUUUUCGAUCAGAGGAAGACAUCAUGAUUCUAGUAGGGAUUAUCGCCAUGACAGAGUUGACUCAGGGAGGACUGAGGAAAAAGAUUACCGACGUGGGAGAUUUGAGGAAGAUGACAGGCAAUAUAGUCGAGAAGUCUUGGAAAGAGAAAGAAGCAAGGAGAGGGAUAUGGAAAGGGAGGGAAGCAUAAGAGAUAGGGAUUCAGAAAGAAGUAAACGGGGAGAGAGAGAUAGUGAUUGGAGGAGGGAAAGAGAACGAGAGAAAAGACGGGAGGUAGAGGCUGACCGUGAAAGGCGAAAAGAUAAGGAUCGAGAGCGCAGCAUUGAUAGGGAUAGGAGAAGGGAGAGGGAAGGACGAGAAAGAGACAGUGAAAGAGGUAGGAGCAUCGACAGGGAUAGGAGAAGGGAGAGGGAAGAAGAUUAUUUACGAGAUAGAGACAAUGAAAGAGGUAGGAGUAGAGAUAGAACCAGAUAUAAUAGCAGGGAAAGGAAGAGAGAAAAUGAAAGGGAGAGUGACAAAGAUAGGGACAAAGGAAGAGAAAUCCAGACUUACAGGGAGAAGUAUAAUAGUGUUGAUGUGGACAACGGUGAAAGGUCCAGAAAUGGGGAUGAUCAAAAUGAUAAUGACGAAGGAGUUAUAUGGGAAUUUCCGGAAGAAGAAGAAGAUGAAGUAAAUAGAAUCAAGGAGGAGAGCAGGAAGCGAAUGGAAGCCAUACUGGAGAAAUAUAAGAAGAAGGAGCAGCAAAAUGAAUCCAUUUCUCAGGAUAUAGGGAAAGGCAGUCUUAAUGAGUCUUCUGUUUCUGUGCCAGAUGUCGUUCCAGAUUCGGCUUCUUCUGCAGUUGUCAUAACUGCUAAUGCUGGUCCAGCGAAAGCUAACUCUGACUUUGAUGCUGUAGUUGGUGAUGUUUCCAAGACAUCAUCAACAGCUGGUGGGCCACCUGCUAUGGUUGGAAUUUCGGACUCAGAUAAGACUCUAGCCCCAGCAGGGCUUGGUGAAGGUAGCCCGAAGAGUGAAAGAUCAGCUGAUAUGUUUCAUGAUGAUAUUUUUGGAGAGUCCCCAGCUGGUAACCAAAAAGUGGGGCUCAUGCGAGGGAAAGGUGAUGGUGUUCCGAUGGUAAGGAGCGGGCUUCAUGAUAAUUGGGAUGAUGCAGAGGGUUAUUACAGUAAGCAUAAAGCUGGCCAGACUGAGGUUCAGAUAUUGAAGAAGCUGGCUGGCGCUGACCCAGAUGACAAGCGCCACUGUGUUCGUUUUCUUUCAAGUUUUAAGUACCGGAAUCACCUCUGCUUGGUGUUUGAGUCGCUACAUUUAAAUCUCCGUGAGGUCUUGAAGAAGUUUGGCCGUAACAUUGGUCUUAAACUCUCUGCUGUUAGAUCUUAUUCAAAGCAGCUAUUCAUUGCCCUUAAACAUCUGAAGAAUUGUGGGGUUCUUCACUGCGAUAUAAAACCUGACAACAUGCUGGUGAAUGAGAACAAAAACGUGUUAAAGCUCUGUGACUUUGGUAAUGCAAUGUUUGCUGGAAAAAACGAAGUCACGCCAUAUCUUGUUAGUCGCUUUUACAGAUCCCCUGAAAUCAUUCUUGGGCUGGCCUAUGACCAUCCGCUGGAUAUAUGGUCGGUUGGCUGCUGUCUGUAUGAGCUUUACUGCGGGAAAGUUCUUUUCCCUGGCGCCACAAAUAAUGAUAUGUUACGCCUUCAAAUGGAACUGAAAGGCCCCUUCCCCAAAAAGAUGCUUCGCAAGGGAGCAUUUAUUGAUCAGCACUUUGAUCACGAUUUGAACUUUUACGCUACAGAGGAGGACACUGUUAGUGGAAAGAUGAUAAAGAGAAUGAUUGUAAAUGUAAAGCCAAAAGAUUUUGGUUCAAUUAUUAAAGGUUACCCUGGUGAGGAUCCCAAGAUGUUAGCUCAUUUCAGGGAUCUCUUAGACAAGAUGUUCAUCCUUGAUCCUGAAAGGAGAAUGACUGUGUCGCAGGCAUUAGCUCACCCAUUCAUCACUGGCAAGUGAAACCACGUUGCCGUUUUCUCUCUCUCUCUCUCUCUGUUAUAUCAGGAAAUGCUGUUGUCCUAGAUAUUUGUACAUUACACAUCUUAAUUUGAAAUUCAAGGUUCUAAUCUUUGAACUUUCUCUAUCUUCCUUCUGCUGCCUGAGAGCUUUGGUUAUACUGUGGGCAUGGGUGAUGAUGUUUGGGUGGAGUUCUCACCACUGGCGAUUCUCAUGGGGAAUUUACUGGUUCUAUUGACAUCUACCAAUGCUUAGAGACAGUCCUAACGUCUUUCAAUGCUAUAAAGGCACACAGGAGAAGGUUUUGCUUGGAGGGGAGAGAGCUGCACAAGAAAAAAAAUAUUAAGGGCCUUCCUCUCUCCUCCUGCAAAUUUGGACAUGACACGAUCAACGGUUUUGGCUUCGUCGGGACAUCCAUGACCAUCGCCGUAUUGAUACAUGCAUUGCGACAUGCGUGCCAGGUUCAUUGCAGCUUCCAAAAAGCCUUGAGAGAGUAACGUAGAAGUUCGUGCCGUUUUUGUUUCGUAGUUCAUUUCAUCCCACGUGUCACUGAUCAUCUGCUGCACGUGCGCACGUGCCUCUUGCUCCGAAGCUCCGGCUUCAUGCAUGUAACACUGGACCGAUUUGAGGACGUCUCCUCUCGCCAAUUCAUCCUAUAAUUUAACAAACUCACUCACUCCUCUCGCUUGUAUAUUACGUUUGACAUCAAAUCAGUCGAUUUUUAGACCAAUAGUUUUAUAUCCCAUAAUCUUUUCUUUUAUAGUAAUAACUCAAAUGUGAUUCGGUAACCAAUAACUAAAAACUAGAAAAAUUAUCAUUUACCGGCGAAGUUCCAAGGUCAUUAGCUAGACGUAGCACGGUGGCAGCACAUCGGGCGACAUGUUGUCGGUGUUGGGACAAAGUUUCCAAUGUUUGGAUUACGAUUUGGUCAGAGGAAAUGCAGUAAAAGUGGAUUAGUACCGUUGGAGCCGAAAUUGUAAUCCAAGCAUUUUGCAUGUAUUCUUCUACGCUUGGUUUAUAUCCUGUUUUGUACCACUUUGCUUCUACUAGAUAUGUUUUACAUAAAUCUGCCCACUUGUUUUUAAACAAAAGAACUUUUGUUGUUUAAUUAUUAAAAACUAUAAUAUAUAUAUAAACACAUGUUCGAACUUACAGAUUUUCUUAGAAACGGUAUGACGUCAAUAUUUUUAUAUUUGAGAAUAUCGCAUCCAAUCCCAUUGAUUUCAUUGUAUAAGAUAAGAAAACACAACCUCAUGUACUCGGGAAGCUCACCAAUACGAUUGACAUCCCAAUUGUCAACCAUGGCAGUAAAGAGUUCAAGUUCCUCAAGAGUGCCAUAGAUAUCGUAAAUGUCGUCAAUAGUUGUAACAAGUGCAUUAACUAUAGUCAUGAUCCGUCGUAUAUUUCCAAAUUGAGGUUCGUAUACUAAUCCAACAGUCCAAAAAUAAUUCUCAACUAUUCUGUCUCUUACAAAAGGAAGUUGAUUACUCAAACAUGUUUCCUUCCACCAGCCGGAAACGUAUUUGAGAUCUUCCUGAUGAGAAGCUUGUACGAUAUUGAAAUCGAUCCUGGCUAGUUGGAGCAAGACAGGAUUCAUGUCAUGUUUCUUUUCGUAUGCAUCUAUGUACCAUCUCGUUUCUAACCUCCUCAUUCUCCAAUGGUACGGCAUUUCUAACGCAUGAAUCGCCUUCUCACGUACCUCAAUGUUAUCAUCAUGAUCACCAUCGACAAAAUUCCUUAUUUGUUCUAUUGCAAAAGGUCUGAUGACUUCAUGCAAUUUAGUAUCCGAUUUUAUGGAGAGAUAUGACGCUUCAUACAAAGAGAUGAUACCAUUUAUAUCGUCACUCUUGUACGUAUGAUCACUUUCUAUUUUGUUGAUAAUCACAUCAAAUAUAUCUGAUACAUCAAAGCCAUGCUGUCUUCGAAGUCUGAAUUCGAGUGAGGUUGCAUGUAAAUCUUCUUCUUUACCACAUUUCCAGACGCUUCUUCCAUUUUGAUGACGAAAGUCCAUUAAAAUGUUAUUUAUUUCCACCUCAAAAUGAUAUGAGACCCCAAGUUUCUCCACGUCGUCGACGAGCUCUAAUUGCUCGAGACGAGUUUUUGUCUUAGCAUCAAACAUCUUCCUCACUUUUUUCUUCAACAAAUCUCUAGCUAUCACGUUUUCUGCUUUCUCAUAUUUAUUCUCGAUGGAGAGAAGAAAACGAUGGUCCCAAGGAGAAGGCUGAUAGUUGCCGGAGCGUCGACGGAGGACGUCAACUGUAGCAUUAUCCGGCGUCGUAUCGGUCAUGGAUCUGCAUAUGAAACGCCGAGGACGUGUAAGACGAAGAUUGUGGGUCAAUGCACUUUGGUAAAUAAGAGCUGUACCCAUAAAUACAGUAGCCAUUGAAUUAGAUUAAUAUAGAGACUCGAGAGACGCGACACACAUACGUUUAUAUAGACAAGACAAAAGGUAAAAAGCUCACACUUGCCCUCGUUUGUUCCCCCGGUACAAUUGCACAUUUUACACUAAAAUCGCCACUUCUUAUUUUACCCAAAUAUUAUUUCGUAUCAUUUUGGGUAAUG